GGAUUGAAAAGGAUUCGAAACCCAACGAUCGAAGGUUCGAAACCCACUGGCGAGGCACUCGUCUCUACCGAAGGCCAGUCCGUGCAGGUGGCUAGCCUCAGCCGGUAAACGAGAAAUCGCGAGCACGCGACAGAUCAUCGACGACAGGGAGGACGAAGGUCAGAGUGCGCAGGAGCUACCUCCUGGUGGGGGGCGGCCGACCAUCGACGGGGGAGCCUCGUCAGCCACGGCUGGAUUGCGCACACGCGCGGAAUUUCCCGGGAAUCGGGUCUUUCCGGGUCUCCGAGACACGGUUCUCGUUCGUUCGGUUCACUCGAGCGUCCGACGCGCGACACGGCAACAGGUGACGACCGGAAGCCGAUCGCCCAGCAUCUCUCUGGACUGCACCACUGAAAACCACCGUGUCGCAAAGUGUCACCGCGCUUCGCCACACGCGUCACAACGCGAGGCAACGAUUUCUCUGUCUCGAGAAAUUCUCUGUCUCGAGGUGACUUGGCUCUGAACUUGGCCGGCUGGUGUCGUUGGCUGGAAGAUCGUUCGAAUUGGAAGAAUCGAAGGGAAGAGGUGGGUCACGAAGGAGGAAACGGGAGGGAAAAUGAGCGUCGAGGACGUCAUCAACUACAAACCCAGCGAGGAGGAGGAUUACUACGCUCUACUCUCGUGCGACGAGUCCGCCACGGUGGAGCAAAUCACGGCAGAGUACAAGGUGCUGGCUCUUCAAUAUCAUCCGGAUAAAAACGAAGGCGACAAGGAAGCUGAACGAAAGUUUCAGCAACUGAAGGUUCGUUCCCUCCUAUUUCUUUAUUCGCGUAUGGUCGAGCGGGCAACGUGACUCACUCGGGAAAUUGUUGCACGAUUGCUCCAUUCGCGUUAAUUUACCUCGUCCCGACGGCACGAUCUAAUCAGUAUAUAAUUGGUACGAUUGUAUAGUUGGCGAAAUAUCUAUGAAAUAUCACGGUUAU